AUGGGAGUGUCAUCCAGACUGUCUGCAGUCCUCUUGUGGGCCAGUGUAGCCCUUACAACCACAGCCAACAACAACCCAGCAAUACCUGGCUUAUAUGCCGAUCCAAACAUCGUAGUCUUCAACUCCACGUACUACAUCUACUCCACGACCGAUGGCUUUCCCGGCUGGGGUGGCAAGACUUUCUACGUCUGGAGCUCACAAGAUCUUGUCGACUGGCAGCGAACGCCUGAGCCUGUCCUGACGCUCAACGGAAGUUCUGGCAAUGUGCCAUGGUCAGACGGCAACGCAUGGGCUCCCACAAUCCACCACCGCGACGGAAUUUACUACCUCUACUUCAGCGGCGACAACCCAACAUACGACCGCAAAACGAUCGGUGUCGCCACCGGCCCAUCUCCAACCGGCCCCUUCACCGCCCAACCAACAGCCAUGAUCCUAAACAACGAAGCGCUCAAUGCAAGUCAAGCAAUCGACCCAGCCGCCUUCGUCGACCCAGCGACAGGGAAAUACUAUCUCUUCUGGGGCAACGGCAACCCCCUCUACGCCGAACUAUCUGACGACAUGAUCUCUCUCAAAUCCAACACCCUCAGCGCAGUCACAGGCCUCACGAACUUCACAGAGGCCAGCUUCCUAGUCUACCGCAAACCCUACUACCACUACACCUUCAGCCACGGUGACACAGGUAACGCGGACUACUACGUCGGCUACGCCACCUCAAGCAGUGUCCACGGACCAUGGAAUUACCAAGGUCAUGUGCUGGAUAAGCGGCCUUCCGAGGGUAUCUUGGCGACUGGUUCGAGCUCGACGGUGAAUGUUCCUGGUACAGAUGACUGGUAUAUGGCGUAUCAUCAUUUCAAGAUCCCAGGUGGCGACGGCACAGACAGGGAGAUUUGUAUUGAUCGAGCGACUUUUGAUUGGCAUACGGGUGUUAUGAGACCUGUGACGCCUACGCUGCAAGGAGUCAAUGCGGAGCGGGUGCCUAGUGGUAGAUAUCAUGGCUGGUGGGCGUAG